AUGGACGGGUUAACGGCAUCCGAGACGCGCGAGCUGGAGCAGCGCAUGCAGAAGCAGCAGAUGAAAGUUUUCUUUGGCCUCUUUAGCAACCUAGUCGACCAUUGCUUCAUGUCCUGCAUCGAUGAUUUCACCUCCAAGUCUCUAACAGGUCGUGAGUCCGGAUGUGUCGCCCGCUGCGUCCAAAAGCACAUGGCCUUAUCCCAGCGCCUCAGCGAGCGGUUCCAAGAGCACAAUGCCCAGAUGACGCAACAGCAGCAGCAGGGAGGCGGAUUCCGAUAA